CCUGGCUGCGGCGCUGCCCUGAGCAUGGCCUCUCCCCGGACUCCGGUGUCCCCUCCGGAGUUACCGGAGAAGAACUUCCAGUACCGCCAAGUCCAGUACUGGGACCAGCGCUACAAAGACGCGGCCGACUCUGGACCCUACGAGUGGUUCGGAGACUUCGCUUCCUUCCGUGCCCUCCUAGAGCCGGAGCUGUGUCCUGAGGACCGUAUCCUCGUGCUAGGUUGCGGGAACAGUGCCUUGAGCUAUGAGCUGUUCCUUGGAGGCUUCCCUAAUGUGACCAGUGUGGAUUACUCUCCAGUAGUGGUGGCAGCCAUGCAAGUUCGCUAUGCCCAUGUACCCAGUCUACGCUGGGAGACCAUGGAUGUUCGAGCACUGGACUUCCCUAGUGGGUCUUUUGAUGUUGUCCUCGAGAAGGGUACUCUGGAUGCCAUGCUGGCUGGGGAGCCAGAUCCCUGGAAUGUAUCUUCUGAAGGUGUCCACACUGUGGACCAGGUGCUGAGUGAGGUAAGCCGGUUGCUAGUUCCUGGAGGCCGAUUCAUCUCAAUGACUUCUGCAGGUCCCCACUUUAGGAUCAGACACUAUGCUCAAUCCCGUUAUGACUGGUCACUGAGGCAUACAACCUAUAGCAGUGGUUUUCAUUUCCACUUUUACAUCAUGCAUAAGGGCAGAGCGCUCAGUGUGUCCCAGCUGGCCCUGGGGGCCCAAAUCCUCUCAUCCCCCAGCCCUCCUGCCUCACCCUGCUUCCUCCAAGACUCAGACAACGAGGACUUCCUCAGUGCCAUUCAGCUGUGAGACUGGAAGUGUGAUCUCCAAGUCCUCCCUGCCUUUGUGCAUUAGGCUCCUAGGGAGUUGGAAUUCCCAGUUUGGGGCUGGGGAUUGGUUGCUGGGUACUCAAAUCCAGAGGUCUUGUGCAUAAAACAGUGCCAGUGGGAUCAAGCCCAUGUGAACCAAUACAGUGUGAGUCCAACUAAAUCCCAGAUCCCA